AUGGAUGGCAGGCGAAAUCCAGUGCCUGUACUGGUUGUGCUCGCUAUAGUUCAGAUCGAAAAGCCGUCGACUGACUGCCUAUUUGAUGGGCGACAAUGGAAUACGGAAACAGGGAAAAAGCGAACGACGCAAGAAAUAACCUCGAUGAAUGGCCCGAAACUUGGACUCACAAACGUUCUCUUAUUAACACCGACUGUCGCCUUCGCAUUCCGUGUUUCCCUGAAAGAUAGUGAACGAAAAGCACGUUGA